AUGCUCCCUUCUCUCCUAUCCCUGUCCCUCCUGGGCCUAUCCGUCGCCUCAUACCCAUACUGCGACUGCACCGGUCCCAACAUCAAGACCAAUGUCUCUGUAUUUUAUGACUACAUCUGCGGCGAUAGGCGACUUGGACCCAGUGUCCUUCCAAGGAAGCUACCUCUCGGUACCUUUGUUGCCAGCUACGACCGCUUUGGAGGUCUGAGCCCUGAUGCUUUCCUCAAGAAGUGGUGGGAUGAGGAGAAGGGAUGGAAAUACCCCGACAACCACGGAUUCCAACUUGAUGCCGAUAACAAGCCCAUGAAUGCCAGCAUGGUCCUGGAACCUGAUAUGCUCGUGGAUCGAUUUGGCUACACUACUGGACGUUACAUUUCUCCUGCCAGCGCUCCUUUCGCGCAGCGGGCUCUCAACCCCCAGAACCUUGACACACCCAAGAACUCUCCUGAAUUCCCAAACAACUACCACGUCUACAUAGUCCUUAAGAGAAUGACCGUCAUUGCCGGGCCCAUUUCUCCUUGGUUUGGACAGCCGGGACUUGGAACGCAGUUCUUCCUUGGCGAGCAUAUCACUGUGCAGCAUUACAUUGAUAAUGGCUCUUUGAAGGAAAUUGACCCCCAGGAACUUGUCAGGGAUGGUCCUGGCUGUGGAUUCGAGCGCGAGGAUCUGUAA